AUGGCUGAACGUACUUCACGCAAGAGAAAUUUUCCAGCUCGUCUUAGAGAAGGUAAGAAAUUUCUUAUGUUUGUAUGCCUUAAGUUUCAAAAGCUAGAGGUGUCAUUUCUUUAGGAACUUCGAUCAUAAGCUUGUAUACUCUCACUGUAUCCUCCAAUUUCCGUUUUUUUUGUCAGUGCAAAGUUCUCUCUAAACUUAGAACAUGCUCAACUCAAAAAAGGAUUAUUAAUUACUUCGUUCGGAUCGAGAUCAUUGUUGCAUCUGCAUAGAUCACUGCACAAUAGCAGAUGUAAGAUUGUAAGAUGUAAUGCUGCACAAGUUUUUGAAAUGGUCAAAUGCUACUACUCAACACAAGUCAAGAAGCGCUUUUCAAAUAGAUCUGUGUUUUUUUUUUUUUUAACAGUGUUGGUACCUUGUGACUUGUGAAGAUGAUUGCGCCUUGAGAGUCCUACAUGAAGAUGAAGUUCAGCACAUAUUUCCAGAGGACAAUGAAGAGGAGCUGCAAGUGAGUGAUGUUGUUAGUGCACUCUGGCUACCAAAUGACCAAUAUUAUGAUGCUAAAGUGCUACAGAAAGGAGGUAAGCAAAGGUUUUCACUUUUUUUAAUAAUAGAAAUAUUUCCUGACAAAUUUAUACAGCCAUUAAUCAAGAGGAGGGUUCCUCCUACAGUACUUAUUAAACAUUGACAUUACUUUCCCUGGUUACAGAUUUUUAUCUCCCUUAUGAUGAUACCAGUAACAGCCACCUCAAUAUAUAUAUUUUACAAAAAGGACCAACUAUUUUCUACAAAACCCAGUACCUGUUUUUAGUUUCAGGACAUACAGGUUGAGGGACGACCCAAGAGUAUCCAUUGUGUCAUUGAUAAUUUGUGUCAAAAAUUAUGAAUGUACCCAAGUUGUCUUUAAUCCUAUAAAAUCUAUAAGCGUCAUGGAACUAGUUAAAUAUGAGACAUUUCUUUCCUUGUGCAUUGAAAGUUUAAAACCAUCUUUCAAUUUAGGUGAUAAGGAAGAGCUUAUGAAAGAAAGAAUAUGUCUAGAGAAGGCAAAAAAAAAUGAAUUUAGUAACCAGAAAAAGGUGCAGAAAAGAAGCAGAAACAUCCAGAUGAUAGCAACACAGAGUUACAGCAACGUGAGAAGUCAAAGAUACGAAAUGAUGACAGAGAAAAUGAGCAGAAAGCCAAAGAAAGGAAGCAAAAAAGAAGAAGAAAGAAGAAGAAAAACAAAGACAGGCUCUGUUACUGCAGACAAGAAAAUCACAAGCUGCUGCAUGAUGGGCAUCUGUCAGUCCUCUUACAAGUAACAACCACCAAAUGGAAGAAGAGGCGACCAUUCUUGGUGAGGUGA